AUGGACCACACAGAAACCGUGCCUGAGCCCGAACCCAUCUUCAACUUCAUCUACAACUACAUUGACCAAGACCAGUUUAAGAAAUACUUCCGCUUGGUGGUUAUUGUAUGCGUGUACCUCUUCUUUAGAACAUGGUACACCAAUUGGGCCAAGACGAAAGAGAUCGCCAGAAGAAUCGAGGAGGACAACAAAAAAGCUCAAACGAGAAAGGAAGAGAAGGAGGCAGAGGCCAACGAGAAGUUUGAGAAGUUGGACGAGGAAUCCAAGACGUUUGGGUGGGGCAAGGCCACGAGAAGAAACGUCAAGCGCCAGGAACACCUUCUUAACGAGGCAGCAGAGACAAUUCAAGCACUGGAGCAGUCUGCGUACGAUGCAGCAGAGGACCACGACAUCGAGGAUUUAUUGGAGGAUUGA